UUCAUUUUAGUCUAUGAAUAUUGUAAACAAGGUUUUUACAGAUUUUUUAUUAAGUAAAACCGUACCUAAGCAUUCUGCAAUAUAUAACAAUUAACAAUGGGUGAUGAAUACGCCGCUGUAAAACGUGGAAAGCUUAUACUUAAAGGCGAUAAACCAAAGGCAAAGAAACGCAAACACAAAAAAAAAGAAAAUACUGAAGGCGCGAAAGUAGACGAGGACUGUAUAAAACAUGGUGGGUGGUGGAAAGUGGAGAAAAUCGAAGAUGUAUCAGGAUCCAUAGCUAUUGAAUUUGGAAGAAAUACUUUUAUUCUAGCCCUAGAUAAUGGUUUAUUCACUAUUGGGGCUCCACACGGCGAAGGGGAGGGUCCCUCGCCCGAAGAGAUAUUCACAGCAUUCCCAGCUGGUGAAAAUAAGUUUGCACUUAAAUCUGGGUAUGGGAAAUACUUGGGUGUGUCUAAGGAUGGUGUAGUGACAGGCAGGUCUGAUGCUGUGGGUCCUAUGGAGCAGUGGGAACCUGUUUGGCAAGAUGGUAAAACAGCAAUUCUUAGUUCUCUAAACAAGUUUAUGUCAGUGAAUGACAAAGAUGAUUCAAUAGUUGCUCGUAAUGUGUCUGCAAAUGAUGAGGAUAUAUGCAACAUACGCAGCAACAAGAAUCGUGAGGUCAACAGGGCUGUUGUGGCUGAAGAGGAAGGUGACCUGACGGAGGUGGAGGUCAACUAUGUUAAGAAGUUCCAGAAGUUCCAGGAUAAGAAGCUACGGGUCAACGAGGGCGGGGCGAUCGAACUGAAGCGCGCCAAAAUGGAGGGAAACCUGCACGAGACACUGUUGGACAGACGGAGUAAAAUGAAAGCGGAUAGAUAUUGUAAAUAGAGGUUUUAAGAUUAAACAUCAAUUAUUUUUAA